GCCUCUGACCCUGCUGCUCCCCCGGCUGCUUUAGGCUGCGGCCAGCGACGGGCAGGCGCGCGGCGUGCCCACGUGGAAGCAGGAGCCCUGGUCGGGCGAGGCUGCCGCUGGGCACGGGCGGUGCGUACACUACAAGCCCCAGGGUGCUUUGCUGAGCGAGCGCCUGGGAGAAAUGCAGCGGAGCUUCGGCGGCGGCGGCAGCAGCAGCAGCCCCCAGGGCCGCCCCCUGCCUCCCUAUUCCCGGGAGAGCGAAGCAGAGAGCGGCGGGGCGAGGAACAUGUGGGUGUUUGGCUACGGCUCCCUCAUCUGGAAGGUGGAUUUCCCCUACCAGGACAAGAUGGUCGGGUACAUCACGGGCUACAGCAGGAGGUUCUGGCAAGGCAGCACCGACCACCGCGGCGUGCCCGGCCAGCCUGGAAGAGUGGUGACACUUAUUGAAGAUCCUGAGGGCUGCGUAUGGGGCGUUGCGUACAAACUGCCACUAGGACAAGAAGGCGAAGUGAAAGCAUAUCUCGAUUUCCGAGAGAAAGGUGGAUACAGGACUACAACUGUCAUUUUCUAUCCCAAAGAUCCCUCAGUGGAGCCGUUUGAUGUGCUGUUGUAUAUUGGAACCUACGAGAACCCUAACUACCUCGGACCAGCGCCUCUAGAAGAAAUUGCCACGCAGAUUGUUAAUGCAGUUGGUCCCAGUGGAAGAAACACAGAAUAUCUGUUUGAACUCUGCAAUUCCCUCAGGGAUCUCGUACCAGAAGAUGUAGAUGAACAUCUUUUUACUUUAGAGAAACUCGUAAAGAAGCUCUUGGAACAGGAACAAAACCAAAAGCUUAAUUCCAUAUAGAAAUCACCUUGUCUCUUCAUCAUCAGAAUAACGGUUUCAUUGACAACAGGUGUAUAUGAUUUGUUUCAUCUGGACUUUUAAGAUAUUUUUCAUGUUUCAUUCAGGGCACUAUUGUUAUUGAUCAGUAGAAAAUUAUGUUUAAAGCUAUGUUUUAAGGAGUUUAAGGGGAUAGGAGCUUUGAAUUUUGGUUAAAAGUUUAAAAAUGCUUCUCUCUCAAUUUUUCUCAAAUAUGAUGAAAUUAAGGCCUUUUUUGAGGGAAAGCUUUCUUGGUUUCAAGUUUUUUAGAUUAUUUUUUCCUUCUAAAAAUGUAGUUUGGGACUCAAUCCAGCACUCAGACAAUGGAUGCAAUCCUAUUCAUACUUAUGGGGAAGUAAGCUCUCUUGAACAAAGUGAGACUUGCUUCUGAGUAAACAAGGAUUGGGCUGCAUUGGAUUUUGGCCACAAUCCUCAAGUAGGGCCAGUUGAUGUUGGCUUGUAGAUUAUAGCACCAGCGUUGAAAUCCUAUGCACAUUUAUUACUAGGGAAUAAAUCCCAUUGAACCAGUGGUACAGUACUUACUUCCAAGUAGCCAUGUACAGAACUGUGCUGUAAGCAGCAGUGUAUCUGUGCAAGGACUGGAUCCUUUAUACAGCUACAAUAGAAAUGCUUUAAUAACAGCACAUUACAGGAUAUUCAUCAUUUAGUUCAUCUCCAUGGACUCAAUGGUUCUGUUAUUUUAUAUAGUACUAUUUGCCUUUUGAUAAAACGAGCAAAUAGUUAUGCAUGAAGGAAACUGCACUUUCCUUUUAAGAUGCUCAUAGUGUCAAGAUCUUUAGAAACGUGCAACUCAAACUACAUUGGUGCCUUUUAAAAAAAAACACAAGACAUUUCAAAACAUACUUAAAAGUAACUGGGAAUAUGACUUGAAUCUACAAUAGCAAGAAUGUUCUGAAACUCCCAACCUUAAAUCAGUAGGCAUAACAUUUUCAGAAAUAUUUAAAUGAGCUGGGAACAGAUGGCCACAGGCUUGAAGUUGUCCACAUGACCUGAGUUCCAGAAGUUAGCACCACACAAGAGCGCAAUUGACCAAAUUCUCUACAGCCAAAAUAGCACUGAGGUCAGUGGUUUCUAACCCCUUGCUUUAGAGCAAUUCUAGUAGCCAAGUGCGGACAUAAUGCUAUGUGAGCCCACAUAGUAUGCAAGAGAACAGAAGUAGGUUUUGGUCUCACAUGCUCUCCCUCCUUCCAUUUUCAACAUGAAUUCUCCACUUCUUUUUCCUUGUUGACUUUUUAGGCAGGUGGACUCACCUUGCCUUUUCCCAAUUUCCAUCU